AUGUUCAUGCUGUGCUACAAGAACGGCGGCCUAGCCCGCGAGAAGGUCCGGGAUGCUCUACCGCAACCGCAGGGCGGCCAAACGGCCUGGGACGGCUUCGACAAGGCGGUGACUGACGCUUCCCCGCUGGACAUGUCGCAAGACGGCCGGGCCAAGCUGGGCCUCUAUUUCUACCUCCGCGAGACGGUGCCCAACGUCCGCGCCGGAACGUGGCGCUUCCACUGCCGCGCCGACGGGAGCGACCUGCGCGAGGCCGGCGAGUGGCCCAAAGCAGUCGACGCCCGCGUCAUUGUCGAGUCGCAAGCGCUGUCCAUGCGUCUGAGGUCGCAGGAGCUGGUCCACAGCCCGCGAGACGGCCUCCCUGCCCAGCCGCGACGCAUCUACCUCGUCGGCGGGGGUUCCGCGAACCCGGCCAUCGCGCGCGUGCUCGGGGACGUGCUCGGGGGCGCGGACGGGGUCUACAAACUGGACGUUGGGGGCAACGCGUGCGCGCUGGGAGGUGCGUACAAGGCGCUGUGGGCUUUGGAGCGCAACCGCGGCGAGACGUUUGACGAGCUGAUCGCCAAGCGAUGGAAGGAGGAAGGAUCCAUCGAGAGGGUGGACCGAGGGUUCAAGGACGGCGUCUACCAGCAGUAUGGCAGGGUGCUGGGUGCGUUUGAGCAGAUGGAACAGAAGCUGCUGGCCGAGGAGAGGCCGUGA